CUGGAUGGGAACGCAUGCGCUUUUAGUGAUAACCACAAACGCGCCCCUGUCGUCCCGUGGUCCUAUAAUGCGAACAAUUCCGGUCGCAUUUCGUCGCGAGACGAAGUACCACGGCGGGGCAAGGCGAGCUCCUCACGGGUGUGGUAUUUCAUGUUUUUUUCUCGUUACUACCCAGACAUAAGAAAAACGGAAUUCGAAACGUACGAGGAAAAAAAAGUCAAAAAUUAACGAAUCAACAUAUUUUUUCUGAGCGCAAAGUGAACGAGUGUAAAACAAGCAAAAGUCAGAGUUGAUUUUCGGAAAAAGUCGUCUCCGAACAUUUGGUAAAAGUGUUCAAAGAUUCGUAAGUCGUAAAAAGAAAUAUUACAUCUCCUAUGAACUGAAUAAAAGUCAGAACCAACAUUAUUUCCGGAUUAGAAGCGGAAACAGGAACUGUCAUUUCUGGCAUAUCAUUUUUCAACUGCUUUCGAAGUGAACAAUCUCGCGUGAACGGAAGGAUAAAAAAAAACGUAAACAUGCGCCGGGUCGGAACGGAUGGUCACGCUGCUGAAAAAAAUUCCAAGAACUUUUGAAAUCGUGAAAAUAUUCGAUUUUCGUAUGGCAAUAACCGAGACACGUGGACCAAAAUGGUCGUGACAAUCGAGGGAUUAAACGUGGAAUGUCCCUGAAUAUUGGACCAAAUUGAUGAAGAAUUGAGAAAACUAUUAUCGACCAAAGGAAGUGAAUUCUGAAUAAUCAUGACGCAGAAAAUAUUCGCAAAUUUUGAUCGAAGUGGUUGAAGCAUUGAUAAGAAAGCUUCUCGAGGAAAGAGUAAGAAAAGAGCAGUCCAGAAGUUUGCAAAACUUUGAAUCUUUCGAAGUUUUUACUUAAAUUAUUGAAAAUUUGAAGAAAAAUCAUCUUCGUGGACAGAAAAAUAAUCAAAUGAAAAUAAUGAAACGCGAAGUCCACUCGAAAAAUCAGGACAAAACUGUCGAGGAAGAGUAGAACAACAGCCUUCAAAGAUAGAGGGGGAUAGAGAAAAGUCAAUCCAUAGAAAGCAAAAUUGUGGUGCGAUGCAGACCCGCAUCGAUGGAAAACUCCUCGUCCUCUACACAUUACUCGUGCUUCAAGUCUUAAUUGUUAUGGUAUACGUCGCUUCGACGCCAACUUCCGAAUUCGUUGCAACGACCACGGGAACUCCCGUCAGUUUCGUUAACAUAGAAACGAACCAGGUGCUUCCAAAUACGAAAGUGAAUCGUAAAUCGUCGCCAAUUUAUCAAACGAUAACAGGAGAAGCGCGAUUACAAUAUGUAAGAACGAUGGACCUGUUCGAGGUGUACAAUACAACAUUAUGCUGGAAAUCGGGUUUGGACGAAGUGAGAAUGCGAGACGAGAAGACGAUGGACAGAUGUUUGUGUAAGUUGGGUUGGCACGGUGCGGAUUGUGGUCAACCGGAAGUGGUAUGGCGUGCGAUAAUGGCGUCGAAGCAAACAAUCAAAUUGUCGCGUCGUCGUGCAGCCCGAAGAUUGAUAUACACGUUCAACGUGAACGAUUACAAUUCAGCGAUAGCGGAAGUGAUAGUGGAAGAAUUGUACCACGUUGUUGAUUUCUUUGUGAUUUGCGAUUUGAGCAACGCCGAAGAUAAUUUUCGUCACAAGCUGAGCAAGGGAUUAGUUGGUCCGCAACAGAACAAGAUAAUAUACGUAAACGUGGCGGCGAAAGCGAGAAAACCAUCCCGAGUUUUGUUCAAAUAUAUCUGGGAUCGAAUAAAUUCAAUAGUGAAGAAUAUUCGUGACGACGACAUCUACGUAACGACACAGCCUGAAGAAAUAUUGAAUGCUCGUGCACUAAUGUUUCUCAAGAUUUACGACGGUUGGCCCCAGCCCAUUGGUUUUCGUCUUCGUUGGUCGGUUUAUGGCUUUUACUGGCAACACCCAGCCAAAACAAUGAUCAGCGUGGGUGCCAGCACAAUUGGACUCGCGAGAGAAUACUUCCGAACGAAUUCCAUGUUAAUACGGCACGAUAUUGAUGGCGAAGACAGCGAGAGGGAUGUUUUGGGUCUUGUUAUCGGCGAUUUGAAUCAUUACGGUGGAUGGUACUGCCACUAUUGUCAAGCACCUGCGAACAUCAUUAUGGGAAUUCGUCAUGAUAAUGUUAAAUCGAAAAUAGCCAAGUACGAUAAAAAUGUUGAUGUUCCUUACGUCGAAGAAUUGAUUGGCACUGGCUUGUGGCACGAUGGCAAAACUAAUCUUUUGAGAGCUUACAAAUCACGAGAUUCGUAUUUCGCCCCUGAGACUGUCUUAACGAAUACUUGGAAAUACGACUGGCUCGUUGACAAUUUUUAUGCCAAGUUGGAUUAUUACUGAAUCUCCAGACUAUCGAAAAACUGUGAUAUUAAUUUGUACUCUCCCUAUAUUCCAAUGUAAACUAUUAGUUAUGUAUCGUUAUUGUAAUUAUUCAUAUUAUUAUUGUAUAUCGAUUAAUGGAAAUCAUUGUAUAACGAAUUUAUAUACACCAAAUUCAUAUGUUGAAUUAAAAAUAUAAAUGUUGAAUAAUUUAUACAUGUAUAACGAAAAUGCAAUACUUUUUCUUCGUGCGGAUUUCCAUCCCUCGAUUCAGCAUGCCAAAUCUAUAUCUUUUUGCAAUAUUUCUCUUAAAUUUUUCCAUCUUUUUUCUGUUUAUAAUUCCGUUUCAUAAACUACAAAAUGUCCUUCGUAUUUGACUCUUUAGGUACAAUUGUGAUCUCGAAUACUCGUGAUUGAGCUCAAAGUUCGAAGUUAUUUGAAUAUUAUAAAAUUCCUGCUUUUGUUGCUUUUUGCUCGGGAAAAUUUUUUUUUUUUCAUCACGCAUUUCUUGCUAAAGAUUCAAAAAUUUUUUUCAAUCUCAAUUUAUAGUUUGACCCUCAACCUCUACAGAGACAACUCUAACGUUUCAGAGAAAACUUUUUUUCCUUUGUAGAGUCAUUGUCAUUAAAUUUUCAUCAAAUGUCGUAUCACUGUAUACCAUCGUCUCUGUUAUUGAAGAACAAAGAAAAUAGUGUAUGAAUAAACUUUAUUUAGCAGCUCUCGGUAA